UAAUUUAGGAAAAUGGAAAGAAAAAUGAAAAUAACAAACAACAAUCAAUUUGCGCAGCUUGUUUUAGAACUAGAAAAAAAUCCUGCGCUUGCUAAAGGCUUUUCCAAAGGGACAGUUCCCAAGUCGCAAUGGCAGGAUAUUGCAAGUGCAAUCAAUGCUCUCGGUCCACCACUCAGGGAUGGUGAGGGUUGGCAAAAGGUUUGGAGGGAUCUGAAAUGCAAGGUUAAAAGAAAGCUCGUGCACAACAAGCAGGAGUGCCGUGCCACAGGAGGAGGAAGCUACAAGCAAUUGGUGCUGAGCCCAUUGGAGGAGCAGGUUGCCAACCUUCUUCAAUUCGGCAAGCAACUUAAUGGCUCAAGGUGUUCCCAAAAGUGGAAGUUGCAUGAGUGUUGA